CCUUUCCCUCCCCCAAUGACGUCCCCAUUCCCAAGCACCUCCCCGUGCCUCCAUCUUCUGUGUGGGGAAAGGAAAACAAAGCCCCCCGUGUCUGCUGGCAGAGAAUCCCUACUCUUCGCGUCACACAGCAGCAGAACAAUGGAUGCCUAUCUGCGCCAGCCCUGGAGCACUGUGCAUGCCAUCCCCAUGGUUACUGCCUUUGCUCAGAACUGGGAGAGAGUAGAUAACUUCCAGAGCCGCCCUGAUGACAUCGUGGUGGCCACCUUCCCCAAGUCUGGCACCACAUGGAUCUGCGAGAUCGUGGACAUGAUCCUUCAAGGUGGUGACCCCAAGAAGUGCAAGCGGGAUGCCAUUGUCAACCGGGUGCCCAUGCUGGAGUUUGUUGCCCCCGGGCAGAUGCCAGCAGGCACAGAGCAGCUGGAGGACAUGCCAUCCCCUCGUAUCAUCAAGACUCAUAUCCCAGCUGCCAUAUUACCCCAAACCUUCUGGGACAAAGGCUGCAAGAUGAUCUAUGUGGGCCGCAAUGCCAAGGACGUGGCUGUCUCCUACUACUACUUUGACCUGAUGAACCAGCUGCACCCUCACCCAGGGACAUGGGACCAGUACCUGGAGGCUUUCAUGGCCGGCAAAGUGGCCUAUGGUUCUUGGUUUGACCACGUGCGGGGCUACUGGGAGCGCCGGCAGGAGCACCCCAUCCUCUACCUCUUCUAUGAGGACAUGCAGGAGGAUCUCUGCCGGGAGAUUGCCAAGGUGGCCCAGUUCCUGGGGCAGGAGCUGACGGAGGUGGCACUGGAGGCCAUUGCCCGUCACACAUCCUUUGAGGCCAUGCGGGACAAUCCCAGCACCAACUACAGCGCUGUGCCCUCCCGCAUCAUGGACCAGGGGGUCUCCCCCUUCAUGCGCAAAGGCAUCACCGGUGACUGGAAGAACCACUUCACCGUGGCCCAGAGUGCGCACUUUGACCAGUACUAUGCGCAGAAGAUGGCGGGCACCGACCUGUGCUUCCGCACACACAUCUGAGAUUCCUUCUCCUGUCUUAAUUCCACAGCCCUGUACUGCCCACCCACGCCCACGGGACCACCUGAGCAACACCGUGUGUUCUUUCCUCUUUCUUGGUGCUGCUAGAGAGAAAUAAAGUGUCCUUGCUGAGC